UGUCGGUUCCACCGCACGCGGCUCGACUGCCCCUUCGUCCGGGAGCCUCGCACCGCCAGUUGCGGCGAAAAUUCACCUGCUCUUUUGUUGACUGUGACCCGAGGUCUGCCGGCGGAUUUGAGACGAAUGCGGACGACGACCAUCGCGGUUUCCGUUUCUCGGAGCCCCGACAGCUCCUACUGACUGCAGUAGAGAAAGCGGGGCACUUGAAAAAAAAAAAAAGAGUGUUGUGUGGCGAAGUCGACUGUGACGCGAGUGGGGUACGCGCGCGCGACAGCGGUGUCUGUUUGGAUCAGCCCGGUGACUGUGACUCUUCUCGUUUAUUUAUUUUCACCGGUGCUCACAGAAAGCAUGCUUUUCGGUCCGGGCUGACUCGCAACGCGAAACACUCUAGUUAGACUACACAAGAAACACGCUUUGGUGGUGCCGGGGAUAGAGAGAAGACGACGAGAAGCAUGGAUUGUCGUCGUGCCGCAGCAGCGUCUGCUGGCGCCGUGACUGUUGGGACAACGUUCGUCGGUGGAUCGCACGCCAGGAUUUCAGUCUUCUUUCUUAUCGGGACUCUCCUCGGAGUCGUCUUGCUCGCCUCACAAGGAUUGGCCGAGAUGCACAGCCGAUCGAAGCAUUACUCACACCGGCUGCGCUCCGGGGGUGGAAGAUCCGUGAGGGCGCCCGACCCGUCCGAGCCGUCACCCUACUUUGACAACAGCACCUCGAGGAACGUCACCACGAGCGCCGGCAAAGCAGUCUUCCUGCCUUGCAAAGUGCGCCACCUGGGCGACAGAACGGUGUCGUGGAUAAGGAGGCGUGACCUGCACGUUCUGACAGUUGGCCGGUUCACGUACACCUCCGACCAGCGGUUCCAGGCGAUACACAUGGACAACUCGGACCUCUGGAUGCUCCAGAUCCAGUAUCCGCAGAAGAAGGACGCCGGAAUGUACGAGUGCCAAGUCAGCACUUUGCCCAAGAUCUCGCGCUUCAUCGCGCUCAACGUCAUCGUGAGCAAGGCGAGCAUCGCCGGGGGCCCGACUCUCUACCUGAACAGCGGCAGCACCCUGAACCUGACGUGCGAGGUGAUGGAGAGCCCCGUGCCUCCCGACUACGUCUUCUGGUACCACGACGCACGCGUCAUCAACUACGACAUCCAGCACGGAGUCUCGGUGCAGACCGAGAAGUCUCCGCGAACGCAGAGCCGGCUGCUGAUCGCCAACGCGCAGCCGCACGACUCGGGAAACUACUCGUGCGUGCCGUCGAACGCCGAGCCUGCCAGUAUCGUCGUGCACGUGUUAAACGGUGAGCAACCGGCGUCGAUCGGGAGCGAGCCCGGUUCGCAGGAGCACGGCGAAGAGAGUGAAUGGAAUGUACGCGGGUUUUUCAAGAAAGUGCGGCAGUUUCUUCCCUUUUACGGGUGGAUAUUUUAAGAUUUAGCAUUGGUCAAACCGCAGUAUUGAGAUUUGUUGGAAAUACUUUUAUUUUUUGGCGCGAGAGGGAGAACAUGGCUUUCGUUAGGAAUAGUGGCGUUCUUUAAAAAAAUAUGAUCAUGUCCCUUGCAUUGCCCAUGUUGUUCCCGGGACUCCGAAGUGAAAUGGCCUUUGGAAAGAGCGUGGUGGCCUAAAUAGUUUGUUUAUGACCAGCUCAUUUCUAAAUUGUCCGCUGUCGAGAUGUUGCAUAUGUUGUACGAGUAUAUGUUGGCUACGUUACUUAUGCGAGCUUUGCAGCAAUUAAACAAAAGAAUAGAAAACCAGAGAGAGAGAGAGAGAGAGGGUAGAAGGAACUCUGUUCAGUUCGGUAAAAUUAUGAAGUCCUGAAAAAUGCAGUAUCCGAGUUUCUUUGUAUUUUUCGAAUUUAUAGUAAUGUCUUGAGUGGAAUGGGAGCCAUGGUGUUUAACUGAUUGUAAAGUUUCUUUUGUGGCAAGGCUAGCAAUAAAUUCGUUUAAAUGUUGAAUGCUUGAUCCACUGGCAAAUUGAGGUCAGCGGAUAGUGUCGCCUUCAACAUUUUGUAGAGAAAAAAAAUCAGGCUCACGAGAACAUGCUGACCUAAAGAUAUCACUGGAACAUAUUGGUCAUGGUAUUUUAUAAUUGAAUGUUUUUCAUUGUUGAAGCUGCUGCAGGUGAUAGCAAAGUUAUUGUGUUUCUGUGCGACGUGCCCCUUCAACAAAAGGGUCACAUACGAGAGCCAAUAAAAUGAAGAGAAGUAUAUUGAAAGAUGUGCCGUUGAUGCAGCGUCCGCAGCAUUGAAUAUAGGGCUGCACUGAAAGUAAAAUGAUCAACUAUUUUUUUUGUACGUAACUCUGAAACCGCUCAAGAACAGAUGCUUGGUGGUACGUGGCUUCACCUUUCGUUCAAUCAUAUAUAGCCAUUUGGCAUCAACAGGUUACAUAAUCUAGCCAUCAGUAGUACGCUACACAAAAUGACGGCACAGGUUGUCUCGCUUCGUCAAUGCGCGGUGAUUGAAUUUCUUGUGAAAGGGCAAACUUUAUUAUUUCAUUUUCCAAAUGCGGGACCAAACCAAGGGCUUUAAAUGUUUACUAAUUCAUCAAAUUUAAUAAAUCUGCGUCGGGGCGCGGAGUUUGUAGGACGAAAGCACUGGGGCGGCUUGCGCGAACAUUUCAUGACAAAAAUAAUAAUGAAUUUAAGAACGCGUUAUAGUGCGGACUAGGAGUUGUUUAGGGAACAUUUAAAAACGCGCUCUUAAAUUCGUUGCUUUUUUGGUUAUUAAAUGUUCGAACAAGCCGCCCCUCGAAAUAUUUUUGUCUUGAAGCGGACGGCGUCCCCUUUAACCUAUAGGUGUCAGAAUUUCACAUAUUCUUCCCGAGUUUUUUUUUUUUUUGUCUCUAUUGAACGGUUUUGUGCUGUCCGUAAGGUUUAUUUUGUUUAGUCACUCAUAUCGAGAUGACUCACGCAAUCAUACAUACUAUAAUAAUGUACAUGUCAACAUAACUUUCACUGUCGUGCAGUGGAAAUUAAAUAAACAUGUUGCUCUUUACUGACGUCUUGACGUAGCAAGAACAGCUACUUGAAGUAUCAAAGGAAUAUACAGCGUGUCCAUUUGGGCUGGCUGCAACAUCUUGUUAAACGACAGCUUUGAACAGCGCGACACAGGACAGAGGAAACAAAACCAUAGGAUAGAGUGCUGACUAACAACUAAAUGCUUUAUUUCUAGGAGCGGUACAUAAAGUCAUGAGGAAGGAUUACGCAUGAAAUGAAAAUAUAAAACAUCAGCACGGCAGGCAUUCUUUUUUGUCAAUAAGGAUAGGGACUGAGAGCUGACGCAUGCAUGCGUCCCCACGUGUAAGGAUGCUAAGGACCUAAAAUAUACGCGUAUAGCUUGCAAACUGUUUGCGGUACUUUGUAACUGUUUUGCAUUCUUUAUAGAUAGAAGUGACACUGCACCUUUGACAAUGGGCACCGAGAUGACUGUGUGGGGAGCCUUUAAAUGAAGCCGCGCAUAAAUCAGUCAUACAUCUUCCUGUUUGACCAAUGUAUCAGCAAUUUCACGUGAGCGGAAUCCCGUAUAGAACCUGCAUGCAACGUUCAACAAAACGACGAGCGUGUUUCUUAGAGCAGGACCACUUCGGUUCUCGAUUCACUCUCCUGCGUAAUUCCUAAAACUUGUUUCACAAAUCAUAUUCCCAAAAGCAUUUUUACAAUCUGCACUGCCGCAAUCGUGUGAGCACUCUGUGCAACAAAGUUUUUCAGCUCAAGUUCAC